AGGGGAGAAGCGAGAAAAUCCAAGGUCGGAGGGGCAGAAAAGGCAGUUCGGAGGGGAAGAAAUGGGGUUCAAGAUAAAAUUCAAGAACCUACUGCGCGCCACGGGAAGCAGCCGAUACGGCGGCGCCGCCGCCGCCGCCGCCGAGGCUGCACCGACGACGCCACCACGGGUUCCGCUCGCACCACCGGCCGCGUCGCCCACCUCGCCGGCCCCGCUUCAGGCGCCACGACCCCCUCCGCGACCCGCCGGCAAGGACACGGAUGAAGGAGCGGACGAUGAGGAUUGGCAGGAGGUGGCGGAUGAUGAGGAUGAAGGACCGGACGAUGAGAAUUCGCAGGAGGUGGCAGAUGAUGAGCGCAAAAACUGGAAGCAACUUCUGGAUGGGAAGCGAACAUACCUCCGACCACCAAGGGGGCACCAUGUUCUCAGUGAUGUUUUCAAGUGUCCGGAUACUCGUAAAGCUGCAUUAGGACGCCAGAAACGACUCUCGCGUUUGGUUGAGAAACAUUCAAAGAAUUUCUUCAAGGAAAAGAUCAAGAUUCUCUGUCAGCAUUAUGCGCACUUCAGAAGAACUCGUGGAGAUGGCAACUGUUUCUACAGGGCAUUCUUAUUCUCCUACUUGGAAAACCUUGGAUUAAUGCAAGAUAGUCAAGCUGAAGUUACUCGUCUAAUAGAACAUGUGGCUAUGUCCAGAGAGAAUUUCUGUCGUCUGAAAUGGGAUAAAGCAUACUUCUUAAAUCCUGAAGAAUACUUUUCAAGUGUUGUUUCUGAGUUCAGUCAUUUGGUCAACUCAGUUGCAAAUGGUCUGAGUUCUAAUGAGCUGUACAAUAGAAGUAUACAAGAGUUCGUGCCACUCAGGAUUAUUUCUUUGCUAAGAUUGCUGGCAGAGACUGAGAUCCGAUCACGAGAAGACGAUUACAAAUCACUUCUCCCAAAAGAAAUGGAUGCCCUUACGUAUUGCUGCAAGGAGCUGCGUCCUCUGGAUGUUGAAGCCGAGGUGCUACCAAUGAGGGCUCUAACAUAUGCACUUGGCAUUCCGUUGCGUGUCGAAACUGUGGACGAUGGUUUGAAUCGUGGAAUUCAAGUGAAGCGCCUUGAUUUAUUCCCCCGAUCAGUAUCGGGGAAGGGCCCUCUUCAUUUGGUUGAAAGCUACUGGUCAUCCAUCACAACCCCUGAACCACAGGAGAUUGGAAGUGGCAACUUGUUAUCAUCUGACGACACACCUUUGCUGACAUUGAUGUGUAGGCCUAGGCACUGUGAUAUUCUUUAUCGCAGUGAACAAAACUAAGUGUAGAAAUAUCACUUCCUGUAGCCUACCUCGCAAGAAAAAUCCUGAAUGAUGGUGUAGAAAUCUAGUGAUACUAUGGGCUUUCUUUUAUUGGCAUCUGCUCUCACAGUACUUGUGAUUAAUCUUUGAGCAAAAGCCAAAAGCUGCUUCAUUGGUCUGCAUAUGUCCGGGGUGUAGCUUUAAAUAGGCACAAAAAACGAGGGAAUAUACUUUCUUGCACUGGGAAUACAUGGUGUGUUUUUCUUGAUGUUGUCCCCAACUGCU